UUGCACUUUACCUGUUUAGAAUUUAGUUAAGCGUUAACAAGACUUAUAAUAACAUAUUCCUUUUUUCAACCUUACAUGUUAUAUAUAAAAUAUAUGUAUACUGUUAUUUAUUACUCUAUUUGUUAAACAAUGAGACGUGGCUCGGUAAAUACAUGGGAGUCUUUCGGUCGACGGAAUUCGGAAAAUAUGGCGCAAUUUUCGAGUAAUCGCCACGAAUUUAUGACAAGUGAGCCAGGAAUGAGUGGCAUUGAAUACCAGCGUGAAGGAGGGUUCUUUUUAUCACACAGAAAACUUGCCAUUGUUAUAACAGCUAUUUUUCUUUUGCUUGUUGCUGUUGGAUUUAUUGGAGCUUAUGCUGGAGCAUUCCCACGUAAAAAGAUAGAAUUUGAUACAACCGCGCUUAUUGCUGAAGAUGAAGGCUCGGAACCGGCUGAUGCUGAAAAGUAUUCCCUCUCAAAAUGGGUAUUUCCCUCAAGGUAUCUCAUAAAGUUGACGCCGAUUGUUGAAGAUAAUAAAGUUUCCCGAGUUCAGGGCCGAGUCAUUAUAAAGUUUAUCUACAAUGGAACCAAAGAACUUAAUAACAUUGUCUUGAAUGCCAAACACAUAAAUAUUUCACAGAUAAGGAUGUGGUCGCUUGACAAUAAAUUCAAUGACGACAAUAUUAACAAUAAUAGCAACACUACAACAGAUUUACCUAUAAAUACAAAUGAUACAACAUCUCAACCAGCAGAUUUUUCUAAAAGCGAAAAUUCGAGUAAAAUUGUUGAUUCUCUCGAAAGAAAUUCCCGUUCUGCUGAUAAUCAAUCGGAUAUACAAAGUAAUUUUUCAGAAAUAUCAAACAGCUCAGAGCCGACUUAUAAAAUUACUGACAAUAAUAAUAAUGAUGAUGAUAAUUCAAAAUUAGCAAAUGAUGAACUUAAUAUUGAAGAGAUAAAUAUAACUGAAAGCAAAGUUGAUGAAGAACACGGUAUUCUAACAAUUACUCCAAUUUCGGGGAUAAAACCCGGAAAUUACUCUCUGGAAAUAAUCUACGAAGUUCAAACUGACAAUCGAACAUUACUUGUCGCUAAUUUUAGUGAUAGAGAUGCUGAUCGGUGGUUAAUGGCAAGCAGAUUAAAACCUACCAAUGCGCGUCGACUUGUUCCUAUUUUUGACGAUGUUAAAUUAAAAGCACGAUAUGUAAUCUCAAUUGCUCAUCCGAUUGGAAUGGUUGCACUUUCAAACACUCGGAAGAUAUACAAUGCAAGCCUACCAAAUAACUGGAUAAUUGACACAUUUGAAGAGACUCCACCCCUUUCACCCCACAGUAUCGCGAUAAUUCAAGGUCACUUGACAUCAGUCAGUAGUAAAACUAUCAAAAGCGGUUCGGGAAAGGGGGAGGAGAUUCAAAUAAAUUUCUGGAGCGAAAAAGGGGAAAAUUUGAUCCCGAGUUACUUGCAUAGUAUGAUUAAUCAAGUAAUUAUAAGUUUUCAACAAUUGUUUUCAGUUAAAUUUCCUAUGAAUAAAUUGGAUAUUGUGAGCGUACCCUUCGCCGACAAUUCCGGGAAUCCCGGAUUAAUUUCAAUUAUGGAAAAUUUGUUUAAUGUGAGUGAUACAUCGCCUGGAGUGACUAAAUAUGAGACGUUAAAAACUUUAAUUCGAUUGAUUGGCAGACAAUGGCUCGGGGGAUCUGUCAAUUCUCAGAAUUGGACUGACGUAUGGAUUUUAGAAAGUUCAUUAAUUGAUCUUCAGCAUUAUUUUGUUAAAAAAAUAGACACUACAUUUAAUCAUACAACAUUUUUAUUAGACGUUCAACUUGAAGCUUUUGAAUCAGACGGCUACAGUGUCUCACAAUCUCUGAAAUCAAAAGUUAAUCCAGAAUAUUUAGAAGCUUUUCACCCCGAAGAAUUAUAUUACCGCGGUGCAUGUCUUUUACAUAUGUUGCAUGGCGUGUUGAAGCAAAAUGACUCUAGAACUGGCUACAGGAAGUUCGUUUCACGGUGGUCGAAUGGAAAUGGUGACGUCAAUUCAUUUCUUGAAGCUAUGACCAACAAUGAUGAUGAUGAUAAUCCAGACAGUGUUUCUCUUAUAAAUGUAAUGGAGUCCUGGAUCAAUAGUCAUGGAUAUCCAGUUGUGUUUAUCAAUCGUGAUUAUAAAACAGCAACUGCUAAAAUUACUCAAAGUCGUUUUAGAUUUGACAAUCGAACAUUGGAUGACCAAAAACCUUGGCACAUACCGCUUACUUGGGCAACAAUUGACAAAAAAAAUUGGACGUCUCCAUCAUUAAUUUGGAUAAAUCCCGAUAAUAAAGAAACUGUAUUAGACAAUGUAGGAAAUCCUGAAUCAGAUGUUGAAGACAAAGAAAACUGGGUAAUCUUUAACGUAAACUCUUUAGGUUACUUUCGAGUUAACUACGACGAUAAGAAUUGGGAAUUGAUUGCAAAAGCUUUAGAGGAUAAUCCAGCUAUUUUUCCUUCCGCGGUAAAAGCUUCUUUGGUAGACGAUGUUUUAAGUUUAGCUUUUGUGGGAUCAACGUCUUACGCUACUGCUUUCAGUGUUAUCAAUUAUUUGAAAAAUGAAACCCAGCCGGAGCCCUGGACUGCACUCAUGCGUCAUGCGAUUAAACUCGAUCUUGUUUUAUACGAUACCACAGUUUAUCCCGAUUAUCAAAAAUUCAUGAGAAGAUUAACGUCAAGCUUGUUUAAUCAAGUCGGCUUAAAAAUAACCGAAGGUACCCGAAUGACCUUGAUUUCUCAUCAGUUUGGAUCAGCAUUUGAGAAUCCUAGUUACGUUGAUUGGGCCAAAAAUAAUUAUCAGGAUCUAAAACGCUCACAUAUAUUGAAAUUGAAACAAAGCGUACCUUCGUAUUUGCGUGAGACACUUCUCUGUACUUUUGCUAAGCUCGAGGAUCAACUUGGAUGGGAAUGGUGGCUGGAUAAAUUAGGAAACAUAACAAAACGUGAUACUGACAGAAAUUCAUUCUUGUCCUCUUUGGCUUGCUUCCAAGUACCCUGGAUGUUACAAGCAGUUUUGAAUGAAAUACUUAAAGGAGAAAUAGUUGAUGAACAGGAUGCUUUAAUUAUUCUUAAGGCUUUUGAUGAUCAUCCAGUGUCUGCGCAAGUGGCUUUUAAAUUUGUUCAAAAUAAUUGGCUGGAAAUAAUGAAGAAAUAUAAAAAGUCUUAUCCUAUUUUGCGAGCUUUUGUUGGAUCUGUAGGAAGUGGAUUUACUAAUCACAAGGAUCUUAUUGAUUUUCAAAAUUUCCGAGAUCAAAACUACGAAAGCUUGAAACCAGUUGGCUAUAUCACUGCGUUCGUAGAAGCUAAAGGUACAUCGUGGAUAUCAUUUUUAAAUAAUUCACUUUCAGAUUUUGAAGAAACGAUUGACAGAUUUAAAGAUUGAUUACUUAAAUAAGUGAUAUUACAUUAAAAAAAAAAAUUUAUAGUAUUUAGCAUUAUUAAAUCAUUUGUAUAAAUCCACAAAUAAUAAUA